AAUGACAGUGAAGACCAACGUGCAGGAUAUCGAGCAAGAGAUCGUGGAUCUCGAGGACCGUCUGCGCAAUGCACGUGCUCGUCUAGCGUCGGCCUCUGCGUCGCACAAGGGCGGGGGUUCAUAUCUACCGGUACCGGAGGAUGCUACGGGAAUAGUGCCCAGCCAUGCACUGCUUCUCCUCUCGGAUUCAGCCCUUCCGUUGGGCUCGUUCGCCUACUCCAGCGGUCUCGAGUCCUAUCUGGCGCACAACAAGCCCCUUCCUCGCUCGGUGACCCCAAUUGCAUCCUUCCAACGCUUCCUGAAGCUCUCGAUCGCUUCUAUGGCAAGUACCUCACUUCCAUACGUUCUGGCAGGAUACAGACGCCCAGAAGACUUGGAGACCCUGGACAAUGACCUUGAUGCGUCUACCCCCUGCAUAGUUGCGCAGCGGGCGAGUCUCGCCCAAGGGCGGGCAUUGCUCGGGGUCUGGGAACGCGCUUUCCGGAAAACGUAUGCGUUCAACCCAUUCCACACUAACCCCAGCGCUGCUGAGGCAGUGAAGGUGGUAGAGGAAUUCUCCGACAUACUGAAGACCUCGCUGGGUACUGACGAACUAGGCCCCAAAGGUCACUUUGCGCCUUUGUGGGGGGUGGUAUGUCUGGCCAUGGGCAUGGACGCCCACCAGACUGCUUAUGUCUUCAUGUUGAACCAUGCCAAGGCAGUCCUUAGCGCUGCUGUCCGUGCGUCCGUCAUGGGCCCUUAUCAGGCCCAGAACAUCCUGGCCAGCAAAGGCCUGCAAAGCAUGAUCACUCAACGUAUAGAGCGGGAGUGGGAUACUCCCGUCGAAGAUGCAGGACAAAUCGUCCCACCUCUUGAUCUCUGGGUGGGACGACAUGAACUUCUAUAUAGCAGAAUCUUCAACUCAUAACGCAUAGAUCACCAUGAUAGCUCUCUCGAUUCCUUUCUUUUGGGUCAAAGGUGACAUUCCUGUAUAAAUAUAGCUGCAUUC